AUGGCGUACCGCUUCCCCUCCGGCGACAUGAAGGAGUUCCUCGGCCUCGCCGCUGCAGCAUACUCUGAAACCAUGGCCCUGGCGUCGUACGCCGUCACUCCUCAAGCGCUUCCCUUCGACCACAGCAUCACCAGGCAGCAUGGUAAUCUCGCUGUGACCAGAGUCGCGGCGAGCAUGCGAAGGCGCCACGACAGGAUCUCAGUGCGCACUCGGCGUCCUAGCAAGCCAGCCAUGUCAGCUGCAGUAGAUAGUGCCAGUAAUCUUACAACUCCACUUGGUAGUAUCAGUGAACCACUUUUGGAUGGUCUUGUUCGUUGUCACUUCGUGCUGCUCGAUGGCAUCGAUGGAAGCAACAUUCUGUAUGGCUCGAAUACUUAUGAUUCCUACUGA